UAAGAUGAUAUCAAUUACACAUUAAGUCAACCGGCAAAGUAGGUACACAUAAAACAUUCACACGCUGCUAUAAAUCAUAUUCAACAUCUUCCGCCGAUUGUCAGCCUGUUCAGCUGACCUCAGAGGCUUCCAGUCAUCCGGAACAGCAUGUUUCUUCUCGGCGGCGAUUACAGUCUGUUCGAGAGCAUAAUACAAAGUACUCGAGAUCAUAUGACUUGCAACACCGUCAACAUAGUAGUUGGCUAGUUGCUAGGUUAGCCAAUACUCCACAAGACCAUACAAAAAAAAAUGUAAAUAGGUCCAAUAAUUAUUACAUUAGGUCCAAGAUAGCCCAAGUUUUUUAAUGACUCGUUAGUCCUCACCAUAUCCAUUAAAUAAAAUCUUUAUAGUAAAAUAAAAUUAAAAUCCUGGAAAGGUCAAAAAUUUGUUAAAAAAAUAAAAAUAAAAAAAUAAUAAACAACUUUAAACUCCAGAAAUUGAUAGAGUAGCUAAAAAAAAUGGAGUGCUCCAAUAUUAUCAGAGGUUCUGCUUUACUUCCCCAGAGACCCUCUUCUUCUGCUCUUUCUGACUCCCAAUUUCUCACCAACUUCAAAUUACCGAGAUUAAGGCGUCAGAACCCAAAUAAGCAGCGUCUGUUGAUUAGAAACGCUUGUAAUUUUGAUCCUAAUGAGCUCCCUUUUCUCCCAGGAAAAUAUUUUAAGGAAGAGGCUAUUGGAGCUGAAUAUGGAGAGGGUUUUGAGACAUUCAGGCCUGAUGGACCCUUAAAAGUUGAUGUGGAUUUUUUGAAUGACAAGUUGCAAGAGGGAUUUCUUCAAAGAAUACGAUAUGCCAUGAAACCCGAUGAAGCUUUUGGACUUAUUUUUUCUUGGGACAAUGUUGUGGCAGAUACUCGAGCAUUGAAGUUGAAUGCUUGGAAACAGCUUGCCUCUGAAGAGGGAAAGGUAAUUCCCGAGGAUGCUGGUACUCAAAAGCUGAUGCUUUACUCAGGUCCUGAUCAUGUGCUUAAUAAGGUUUUACAGUGGGAGAAAUCAGAAACUGAUGUAGAUUUGCUAAAGAUGCGACUUUCACAUUUGUAUUAUGAGAAUCUUCUCAAGCUUGAUAGACCUUUGGAAGGUGUUGAAGAAUGGCUGGAGGCAGUGUCAACAGCUCGUAUACCUUGUGCAAUUGUUUCAAAUCUUGACAGAAGAAUCAUGGUUGAAGCUCUAGAUAGGAUGGGAAUCAAGAAAUACUUUCAGGCCAUAGUGAGUGAAGAAGAUGGCAUGGAGGCAAUGGCCCAUAGAUUUCUCUCUGCGGCUGUAAAGUUGGAUAGGAAACCUUCGAAAUGUGUCGUCUUUGAGGAUGACCCAAGAGGUGUGACAGCUGCUCAUAACUGUACGAUGAUGGCUGUAGCUCUUAUUGGUGCUCACCCUGCGUAUGACUUGGUGCAGGCUGAUCUUGCAGUAGCCAACUUCAGUGAGCUCUCGGUCAUAAAUCUGCGGAGAUUAUUUGCACACAAGGGUUCGGAUUUCAUGGAUUUACAGAAACAGAUUAUAGAGAAAAGUCCUCCAAAAAGGAAGCUUACUACUGAUACCAUUUUUUGAGAAUUCACCUGUCUCAUUCUGUUAAAUCUUCUGUAGUCUUUUAAGAAGCAUAGUCUCUUCCCAUCCUUCUCUCAUUCAAGUCUUGUAUGUUGUAGAAUGCAUGUAUAUACUUUGUUGUUCAAUGUACAUUACAAGUUUUAGCAAUGUAGUCUCGUUUAAAUGCGAUGUUCCAUAAUCUA